ACCGCCAAUGUUAUUUCCGGUUCUAUGGUAACCCGGGACUACAACUCCCGGCAGACGUCAGGCUUCACCCAUCGCGCAUGCGGCUCUCCGCGGUCCUCUAGGCCGCUGCCGGUUGUGAGUCUCCGGCCGGGAUCAGGUAAAAGAGGCGCCGUCGUUGCUGGAAGGGCCCGGGGAGAGGGAAUACAAACUAGCCGGGGAGGGCACUUAAAUGUCAACAGCCUUGCCCUGGGUCUGUCACCUCUAACAGGCCAAACCAGUCUGUUGUUGUGUCGGAAGCCACCGCCCCCUUCAUUUCUACCAGUGACCAUGGCUGACACAAGUGACCUGGACCAUCAGAUAGAACAGCUAAUGCGCUGUGAACUCAUCAAAGAAAGUGAAGUGAAAGUACUGUGUGCCAAAGCCAGGGAGAUUCUUGCUGAGGAGAGCAACGUUCAACAAGUAGAUUCCCCAGUCACGGUGUGUGGGGACAUCCAUGGGCAGUUCUAUGAUCUCAAAGAACUUUUUAAGGUUGGAGGUGACAUUCCUGAGACUAACUAUUUGUUCAUGGGAGAUUUUGUGGACCGAGGUUUCUACAGUGUGGAGACGUUCUUGCUGCUAUUGGCGCUGAAGGUCCGCUAUCCAGACAGGAUCACAUUGAUCAGGGGCAACCACGAAAGCAGGCAGAUUACUCAGGUUUAUGGCUUCUACGAUGAGUGUCUGCGCAAAUAUGGAUCGAUUACAGUGUGGAGGUACUGUACGGAGAUCUUUGACUACCUCAGUCUCUCUGCUGUCGUGGAUGGAAAGAUUUUCUGUGUUCAUGGUGGCCUCUCUCCAUCUAUCCAGACCCUGGAUCAGAUCAGAACAAUCGACAGGAAGCAGGAAGUGCCCCACGAUGGUCCAAUGUGUGAUCUCCUCUGGUCUGACCCAGAAGAUACCACCGGCUGGGGCAUCAGCCCUCGAGGAGCUGGCUACCUCUUUGGCAGUGAUGUUGUUGCCCACUUCAAUGCUGCCAAUAGCAUAGAUCUGAUUUGCCGUGCCCACCAGCUGGUGAUGGAGGGAUAUAAGUGGCACUUUAAUGAAACCGUGCUAACUGUAUGGUCAGCACCCAAUUACUGCUACAGGUGUGGAAAUGUCGCUGCGAUACUUGAAUUGGACGAACAUUUGGAGAAGGAAUUUACAAUUUUUGAAGCUGCCCCUCAAGAAUCACGAGGGGUAUCGGCUAAAAAGACAGUUGCUGACUACUUCCUCUGAAGGAGUGCCUCUCCCCACCUACCCCCCAAAAACACCCCCACACCCCACCCCACUCCAACCCUCUGCCUGAAACCUCCGUAUAAACACUGAGCCUGCCGAAGAAUUCUGUGGAGGGAAGGGCAACAAAAGUGUACAGUAUUUUCAAACUCUGCAUACAUUCCUGAAGGCAUGCACUAGGCAACCUGACUGUGAAGGAGUGCCAUAUCUUUAUGGGACAGCAGUGAGCUCUCUUGAUCCUGGGUGUUCUUUCUUUAAAUUAUGGGGGGAGAAAAGAAAUCUGUGAAUGGUCUUUUUGUUUUAAAGAAUGUGUAUGCCUCUUUGAGCUGACAGCGGUGCUGUAAAAAGGAUUUGUCCAGUCAUGACUGCUGGUCUAAAAACAGAAUUCGCACUUUUUGUUUCCAAGAAUUUUUAAGGGUUUUUUUAAAAAAAAAUAUAGUCACUAAGAGAAUUCCUUUGUGUGCUGUGAUCUUGAAUUGUUACCCUCACCUCCCGCAGUGCGCGCACUCAAGUGGUGUUAGUAACUGAAUUUUAAUUUUACAGUGAGGACUAACUUGUUUAACAAUAGCAGAAGUAAAACCUUGUCCAGAAAUGCAUGCCUGAACUUGUUUAAACAGGUAGGGCACCUUGUAUAGUCUUAAUGUGCUUGUGUUGUGCUUCCACCUGACUUGACGGUGAUGGAAGAGAUUUGGAUUUUGCACAGAACUCUCUGCAGUGGUCAGAUGGAGUCGCAUGCCUUGAGGCUGCCUGUGGAAGCAGUCGUUGUGAUUUGACCCUGAUCAGACAUUUCUCCCUCUGCAACCCCAGUAUUCUGGGCAUGAUGUGUUGGUGAUACUGCACUCCUAUGGUACAUGGUGUGCAUUUAGACUGCAUCUGCCCCCUGACCAGGCAAACCUGGCAAUUUGUCACAAGGAAAUGUCAGUUGCAUCUGGUGCAUUUGAGACUGGUGUCCUGCAAUCUGAUGGCCUGGUUACUUGUCCUGCAGAAUCCAGGGCAUUAGUGAUUUGUCAGUGUGGAAACUGGGUCCAUCUCUGGUUUGAACGCUGCUGUUUACUGACGGGACUCUUGUCGUGGUGAGGGAUAAGAUCUCGGAGGAUGCUCCACUGGUUGUAAAGCCACACUCGGUCGAUCAGCCUUGCAGGAGGGAAGGACACGGGCAAACCCCAGGACCAAUCAGUUUGCCUGAUACAGCUUCAUCCAAUGGGUUUGAGUAGGAGCCAGGCAAAAGUCAGAGGAUCUUCCUCUAGGCUGGGUCAGUGCCUUGCUGGUUUGUCCCUAGGUAAAACCGUGCACUGUAUCAGCACUCCCGUUCCCCCUAUCCCCUCAUUCUUAAAGCUGCACUUGAUGGCAAACCCAGUUCCCAAUCUGAAAUUGACUGCUGUCUAUCCAGAAACUGCACAGGCAGGACCUAGCUGCCCAAAUAUAAUCCUUCGAGUCCAAUCAGAAUUACUCUGUAUCCAAUCAUUUUGACCUCCUACCCCAAACUAUCGAAAUGUGUUUGCACUCAGUUUCUGCUCUGUGCAGGUACUGAACUGUCAGUGUGCUCAGAUAAGGCAGCUUGAGCUACUACUGUUUGUCACUGAACCAAAUGUGAAUGCAGACAGGGUUUGAAACUCUGGAAUGUAUCUGAACUGGCAGUGCUCUCAUUUGAAGAAUUUGUCAACUUGGAAAUGUGAGGACAGAAAGCUGUAUUGUGCUGAUCAGAGAAUGUGACCAAAGCAUACUAUCCGGUUGCUGUAUUUUCAUCUUCAGCAUCAUCUGGGUUAUAUAGCUAGAUGUGGCUUUAAAGGCUCAUUAAAUGUGAGGUCUUCCAUUCCUCCUCUUCAUGAGCUUCCCUUCGGUUUCUCUCUCUCACACUCCCUUGUGCACUUAACCACUUCGUUCUUUCUCUCUCUGUCUCUCGCUGUCACUGUCUAUCUGUCUCACAUGCACACGUUUUGUUCUCUCCCUCUCCCUCUCCCUCUCCCUCUCUCUCUCUCUCUCUCUCUCUCUCUCUCUGCCUCAUGUAUACACACACACAAACUUUUUUAUUCUCGCUCUCAAGCACUUUGUUCGCUGGCUGUCUCCAAUGUGCUUUUGUUUGCUCGUGCUCCCAUUUAUCUCCACCCCCCCACCCGACCCCAGCCAUGAAAAUCCAGAGAGGAGUUAAAGGAACAACCUCUUAUCUGUAUUCAAAACUUAGUGGUUCUGUUCAUGUGACAGGACUGAAUGGAAGGACCUAAGCCAAGUGUCUGACAGCUGAUGUUGUAUUCGCUGAAAGCCCCUCAUUUCCAGCUACUGUAGCUCGGAAAGGACAGUUCAGACCGGGGCCAGGGUGGCUCUGAGGGAGGUUGGGUAAAUGAUGGCUGCCACUGAACUGCAAGCAUUUCCUGCAUGUACAGCUUCAGCAUCACUUCUGGUCACUGUCUGACUUGUAAUCACUGGACCUUCAUCCUAUGUUCAGGCAGGAAAUUGCAUUGGCUGUGGGGUCCUGGAGGAAGGAGGAUAAAAUCAGCCAGGGUUCCUGAUUAUCAUCCAGUGACUCCUUUUCAGAAGGAGAGGUGCUAGCUAAAUACAGUUCAGCUCUGGCUGGGAUGGCCUGCGCAGCUAUGUAGCCAAAUGCACAUCCCCUAAUACUGUCCCUGUCAGACUGCCUGACCAGUUUUCUUGGUAGACUGGGAGUAGGACUAAAAGCAAUAGUGAAAACUGUGGCUGUCCCAGUUCAUGCCCCCAGCUGGAGGUUAGAGUCCCUGGGUUAAAAGCUGUCUAUGGACUUGCCAAAUAUGAAGCAGAAUCAGUUUGAAUCCCUGAUGGCAGUCGCAAACUAAACAUUUUUCCAGAAGUUGCCAAAAUUUUUAGUUUUUUAAUCCAUUUGAGGAAUUUUUCAUAAAUUAGCAGUUUUUCCAAAGGGGGAAAAUGCUGUUAUUUUUGUAAUAACUCGUAUUCUGUUUCUAAAUGUAAUAUUUUACUUCUAUUCAACAUGCUGGAUGUCUGUACCAUGUAGAGCCAGGAUCCUGGACAAAUACGAGUCCUGUUUGUAUUUAGCCAGAUCUGUUGAGCCACUGGAAGUUGCUGGGUAAGAUAUUUUGUUAAAUCCAUCGGUGAUUUAGCAAAACUGUUUUAAAUAAAGUUUUAGUAUUGUGA